UCAUAUUGAACAAAACGAAGUGAGCAGUCAAAAUCAAUCGGACUCUGAGGAAAAUUCUGAAGUCGACGAAUCUGACUCCUCUGACCUGCAAGACAGCCGGAUGGAUAACUUGGCAUGGUGUGACUGUAACAACUGCACUGUAAUGCCCACUGUGGAUGAAUGCCUUUGUUGCAAGGAAGUUGGUCCAGUUGCAGAAAAGAUGGAAGAUGGGGACCUUGAUUGCAUAACAGACCAUGAGGGGUUUACUGGAAACUGUCUAAAUAGACAUGUCAUUGAAGUCUCUUUAAAUUUGUAUGACUUUGUUGAAAGGCAGGGACCAGUAGAUGAUAAUGAACCAAUUCAUGAAUUAUAUAGAUAUAUUGCGUACAGACGGUUCACUCGUUGGAUCUGGCAUAUUCUUGGUAAAAAAAGAAGAAAAGUGAUACCAGCAUGUGCAGUAAUAAAAAUUCGGGAGGCAUUCCCAUCUGAGGACUUUACUGGGUUCAAAUAUGCCAGGCCAUGAUAAUUUGAAAAAAAAUAUUUCAUGAAGCUCUCAAUUUCCCGCCCAUAUUUUUGGUUAAAAUCUGUGUAUAUUUCAUGUUUCCACAACCUAGCAUUGAAAGAUAGAAACUCUUGAUUACAUGGUGUAAAUUGUGGUAAAUACAAGGAUAAUGGUGAACAGUUAUAUUGAACAAUGAUCACAUAAUAUAUUAAAACAAAUGUACAAGUAUGCAAAGUUGAGAAAUGAUGUCAGUUUCUAGCAAAACGACUUGUUCGAUGUCUUAUUAGCUCCUCCUUAUCAAAAUGAGCAUUUGAUGCUGUUAGUGGAGGAAGUCUCUGGUAUACAACGUUAAAGUCCUCUAAAGCUUCUUUAAUGCUUGACAAGUUAUUUCGUCUGUCAAAAGUUCUUUUCAGAAGAGCUCCAACAUAAUCUACAAGACAAAUAGAAACAAUAUGUAGUAGCUCAGCCUCUAAUUCACAUAACUUAGCAGUGCGAAUUUAUAAAUGCACUUACAUGCAUGUGCAUUAUGCAUUUUGAGAAUACAAACUUAUUCAAUUUCAAUUGUACAAAAAGAGACUCAUUCUGCUGUAAAUAAACCUUUAAAAUUCCCAUAAAUAAAAAUAAACUGCUGAAGAGCAAUAUUAUUACAAAGUAAAUGUCUUGCAUAGUG